GGCGGAGGCUCACCCUUCUCCUCACAAGGCCGGUGAGUCACAGUGCCCUAUACAGUCUUCGUUUGCCAUGCCAGGGGAUGCUUGCAUGGACAAUAUUCUUGGCAUGUUGUUAGCCCGUCCCCCGACUCCACGUGAGCACGGCAAUGGCCGUGCUAACGUGGACACGUCACCCAUUGGCGAUAUUGUUGGAGGACUCAACCCAAGCGGGGGUGUCAACAAUGGUAUGUUGAUGGAGGUGGAUGAGGGGAUUGAGGGAAGGACGGCGGUUAUUCCGCAACGUAGGGGGGAUGAUGCGGAGUAUCGACCCGCUGAGGAGAUGGAUAGGAGGGACAAGCACUUGAGAUGGCACGACAUUGCGCGAUCACGCAAGAGUUCGCAGAGGGCGAGGGAGACAGGGCGUGGACCGGCCGAUCUUGCAGUGAUUGUUGAUGCACAUGAUCAUGAUGACGGUGCUGUGGAUGCCGAGGACCAUCAGAGCACAAAGGUCGAGGGCGGAGAUUGUAGAUUGGAGACUGCUCGUGUUCGGCCUGAGAAUGACGACGCAGAGGGCGGGGGAGCCACUGGACGAGGUGAAGGAUUACUUGCAAGUGUCGGGCAUGAAGGGGCGGGGUGGACACAAGGGAGGCCGAAGGUGGAGACGGAGCGGUUGCAGGAGGGGUGACAACACCAUCCACUCUUGUACAGAGAGCGGCAACCGAUGAUGAUGGUGUUUUGACGAU